AUGUCCAACCGCCCCCUCAUCAUCAUCUUCGGCGCAACCGGCCAACAAGGCGGUUCCCUCGCCAACUUCGUCCUAUCCAACCCAGCCCUCUCCGCACGGUACCGCGUACGCGGCGUGACGCGCGACCCGAACCAGCCCGCCGCGGCCGCCCUCCGCGCCCGCGGCGCCGAGGUCGUGCAGGCCGACUUCGAUGACGCCGACUCCCUGCGCCAAGCCCUCAGUGGCGGUGACGGUGGUGUCGUUUUUAUUACGACCACGACGGUUUAUGAUGAGUUGACCAAGGAGCGCGAGGUGCGCCAGGGGAAGGCUGCGGCGGAUGCGGCUGUCGCGGCGAGGGUGGAGUACAUUGUGUAUAGCACCGAGGUGCAUUGUGAGGUUGUCUCCGGGGGGAAGCAUCAAGUGCCGUCGUUUGACUCCCGUGGGGAGGUCGAGGCGUAUAUCCGCUCGCUGCCGGUGCGCAGCGCGUUCUAUGCGCCGGGGUCGUUUAUGCCAAACUUGUUGGGGAUGAUGGCGCCGCGGCCGGUGGGGGACGGGGAGGGUUUUGUGAUUGCGAACAUCUUGCCGGGGGACCGGGUCUUGCCGUGGAUUGAUGUGGCGGCGGAUACGGGGCCGGUUGUGGGCGCGGUGCUGGCGGAGCUGGAGCGGUUUGAGGGGAAGCGGUUGUGUGUGGCGAGUGAGCUGUUUUCGUUGGAGGAGGUCGCGGAGAAGAUCUCCAAGGUAACGGGGAAGACGGUCAAGUAUCUGAGAGUGUCGGAGGACGUGUUCAAGUCGUACCUGCCGGAGGGGGCGAGGGAGCCGGUGGUGAACAUGUUCAGGUUCAUUGCGGAGAGCGGGUAUUAUGGCCCGGGGACGGAGAAGUUGGUUGAGGAGACCACUGCUCUACUGCCGUGCCCGUUGACGGGUCUGGAUGAGUACCUUGCCGCCAAUAUUAAGCUUGAAUGA